UCUGACGCAGGAGUAGUGGCGCGCGCUGUUUCCGGAAGUGUCCAGUGUCUGCUUCGUGGCGGCCUGCGACUUCCCUGCGCUGCUUUUGCUGCGGAACUCUGCGCGUGGACCCGCGUCGGCCUGGGCGGGGCCAAGGUUCCGUCUGCGCCGCGGGAUGGAGAUAACCCGGAGCAAUUUUAAGAUUAAUCUUCACAAAGUGUACCAGGCCAUAGAGGAGGCUGACUUCUUCGCCAUCGAUGGGGAGUUUUCAGGAAUCAGCGAUGGGCCCUCAGUAACAGCAUUAACAAGUGGCUUUGACACCCCAGAAGACAGAUAUCGGAAGCUUAAAAAGCAUUCCAUGGACUUUUUGCUGUUUCAGUUUGGACUUUGUGCUUUUAAGUAUGACCACACAGAUUCCAAGCAUAUAACGAAGUCGUUUAAUUUCUAUGUUUUCCCCAGACCUUUCAGCAGGUCCUCUCCAGAUGUUAAAUUCGUUUGCCAGAGCUCCAGCAUUGACUUUCUGGCGAGCCAAGGAUUUGACUUUAAUAAAGUGUUUUGCAGUGGAAUUCCAUAUCUGAAUCAGGAAGAAGAAAGGCAGCUGAGAGAGCAAUUUGAAGAAAAACGUUCUCAAGCCAAUGGGGCAGGAGCUCUGGCAAAAUGUCCUGUGGCAAUUCCCGAGGAUCAGAAGAAGUUUAUGGACCAAGUAAUAGAGAAGAUAGAGGAUUUCCUACAAAGUGAAGAGAAGAGGAGUCUGGCGCUUGACCCAUGCACUGGGUUCCAAAGAAAACUUAUUUAUCAGACUUUGAGUUGGAAGUAUCCUAAAGGCAUUCAUGUUGAGACAUUAGAGACUGACAAGAAGGAGAGACACAUAGUUAUCAGCAAAGUGGACGAAGAAGAACGCAAAAGGAGAGAGCAGGAGAGGUACACGAAGGAGCAGGAGGAACUGAAUGAUGCUGUGGGAUUUUCAAGAGUCAUCCAUGCCAUUGCUAAUUCGGGAAAGCUGGUUGUUGGACACAAUAUGCUCUUGGAUGUCAUGCACACGAUUCACCAGUUCUACUGCCCCCUGCCUGUGGACCUGAAUGAGUUUAAGGAGAUGACAACAUGUGUCUUCCCCAGACUCUUGGAUACUAAGUUGAUGGCCAGUACACAGCCUUUUAAGGAUAUCAUUAACAACACGUCCCUUGCAGAGUUGGAAAAGCGGUUGAAAGAGACACCUUUUGACCCUCCUAAAGUUGAAAGUGCAGAAGGCUUUCCAAGCUAUGACACAGCUUCUGAGCAGCUUCAUGAGGCAGGGUAUGAUGCCUACAUCACAGGACUCUGCUUCAUCUCCAUGGCAAAUUACUUAGGUUCUUUACUCAGUCCUCCAAAAAUGUGUGUAUCUGCCAGAUCAAAGCUCAUUGAACCCUUUUUUAACAAGUUAUUUCUUAUGAGGGUCAUGGAUAUUCCCUAUUUAAACUUGGAAGGGCCAGACUUGCAACCUAAGCGGGAUCAUGUUCUCCAUGUGACCUUCCCUAAAGAAUGGAAAACCAGUGACCUGUACCAGCUCUUCAGCGCCUUUGGUAACAUUCAGAUAUCCUGGAUUGAUGAUACAUCAGCCUUUGUUUCUCUCAGCCAGCCGGAACAAGUACAAAUUGCUGUUAAUACCAGCAAGUACGCUGAAAGUUAUCGGAUCCAGACCUAUGCUGAGUAUGUGGGAAAGAAACAGGAAGGCAAGCAGGUCAAGAGGAAGUGGAUGGAAGACAGUUGGAAAGAGGUGGACAGAAAGCGGCCCCAUGUGCUGGGCCCCUGUUACCACACCAACAGGUGCCAAGUACCUUCUGCCUCCUCCUAGACCCCAGGUAGAUACUGCUGUGUGCCUGCGUUGUGUGUAGCACAGGCAGUAGAGCGUCCAAGGCCCCACAUUUAUUUCUAAUACCACAAAAUAAGUAGGCAGAUAGAUACAUAGACAGAAGAUUAAUUUGGCUUAUUUGGUUUACCUUUGAGAAAGGAGUUACAUAGUGUUGUGUUUGCCUUUUCUUAAAAAAUAAUUGUUUCUGAGAUUUGGUCUUAUGUGCAUUGACUUUUAAAUUUUUUUAUUGUUGAUACUGUUCCUUGUGUGACUGUGUAGCAUCUGUUUGGAUUGGUGGACAUUUGGAUGGUUUCUAGUUUGAGGCUAUUUGCUGUGAUGCAUGUGUGGAAUGAUACUGUCAGCAUGUUUUCAUUUCUCUUAAGUGAGUGGGCCUAGGGGCAUGAACUUGGGGGUGUAUGGCAUCUGUCUGUUUGUUAAGCUUUAAGCUUUGUAGAGACAUUUAUAGCCCACCAGUAAUGUGUGAAUUCCAUCACUUCACAUACUUGCCAACAUUUAAAGCUACAGUUUCUGUUUCUACUCCUCUAGACUGUGAGCUAGCAUCAUAUUAUGGUUCUAAUUUGCACCUCUCUCGUGACCAAUGCAGUGGCCUACGUUUUAUUUUUGCAUUGUUAGGACUCUAGUUGUAGCUCAAAGCCCUUGGCUGCCUUUUAAAAUAUACUUGUUGUCCAUCAAGUAUAAACCUCUAAAAUAAAAAGGUUUAUUUUAGAGGCUUAUAAAUUGUCACCCCCCUCCCCCACGUUGGCUGUUUCUGUUGAUUUGUAGUUCUUCUACGCAUUCUGGAUCAGAAACAUGCACUAAACACUUACAGCCUGUGAUUGCUUUGGUCACUCAGUUCUACAGAUACCUCUUACUGAGCAGAUAGUGUACAAUGGCGUGGUAGCUUGAAUGCCAGUGCCCCUCAUAAGCUCUGCCAUUUGAGAGCUUGGACCCCAUUUGGGGACUCGCUGAAGGAAGUGUGUUCCUUGGGAAGGUUUGGAGCUUUCAGAGACUUGUACCAUGGAGCAGUUUGCUCUAUGUUUCAUGCUAGAGCUCUAAGAUGUGCACUCUCAGCUUGCUGCCCCAGGAGUGAGCACCCAGAACUGUAUCUACCUCGUAUCUAGAAGGAGGCAGAAGGUACUUGGCACCUGGGGAAAGGAAGAAACAAGAUGCUUAUGGAGUAGCUUUGAUCCUAGCCUCUCAUUCUGUUCCUGGUCAGCUCACUGAACCUCCAUUUCCUUACUCCUAAAAUGGUCAUAGAUUUUGAUCUCUCUGGAUCCAUAAACCUAAGUGAACACUUCUGUCAGUUGUCUUGCUCCUGGUUGUUAUCACAGCAGAAAACUGACUGCUGCCACAAUGAUAUGCUGCUUAUGGCUUUUUUUUUUUUUAAUGGUUAAUAGAUUUUUUUUCUCUUUUUUUCUUACCCUAAGGCAGUCAUGAUUUUGUUCCUGUUGUCUUCAGGAGGGUUUGUAGUUUGUGCUUUUCUAUUUGGGUCAUGAUCCAUUUCAAAUGAAUUUUGAUUAUCUCAUGAAAUGUUGAGGAUCUUAAAUGCCUUCUAAGAGCUCUUGUUUUAAAGGUUGCUCUCCACCGCUGCUGCUGCUGCUGCUGCUGCUGCUGCUGCUGCUGCUGCUGCUGCUGAUGAUGAUGAUGAUGAUGAUGAUGAUGAUGAUUGUGGUGAUGGUGAUGGUGAUGAUGAUGCUAGGAGAAGGCUGAUGCUUCAGAAAUGGGCCCUCUUUAGAGGGAGUAGGUCACUGGGAAAAUAGCCUUCCAGGAGACUCUGGGACACUGUCUCUUCUGUCUGCUCUGGCCACCAUGAGCUGAGCAGCCUUACUCUACCAAUUGUCUCUGCUGUUUGUACUGUGCCACCUUGAAUACAAAACCAGGGGUCAGGCAGCCAGUAGCUGAAACUCCUGAUACCAUGAGCCAAAGUUGAUCUUUCUUCUUUUUAAAUUGCUUUUCUUAGACAUUUUGUUACAGUGGUGAGAAUACUUCAUCUGUGGAGGCUAAGGUCUAGUGUUUCCCAUAGGGCUGCCUAGUUGUUGUUCUAAUAAUAUUUGUUUAAGAAAAGUACAAAACAAAGGAGUGGGGUGACUGGGACACUUGCCUGUGCAGAAGAACCAAGUUCAGUUUCCAGCAUCCACAUGGUGCUCAAAACACCUGUACCUCCAGCUCCAGGGGCUCUGAUGUUAUCUUUUGGCCUUCAUGGGCAUUGUAUGCACCUAUAGGCAAGCAGAUAUACACACAUAUAUGUAAAUAAAAAUUAAAAUAGAACCCCCAAACAAAAGAGAAAAACCACUAAACUCUUCAUAAUUCAAUGGAUUAACCUUUGUGAAAAAUAAACAGGCCUGCAUGUGUCCAGUCUCUUCUAGUCUCCGCUGCAUCUAUGUCUUUUCUUAUGCAGAAUCAAAACUGCCGUGUUUUUACAGUUUCCUAACAAGUCUUGACCUCAGCUAACACCUAGGCUCUAAUUUGUUUUUUUUUUUUUCAAACAGGGAGUUUGUCUUCCUUUGUUUCAUCCUUUAAACAACUUACAUUGAUAUUUUCAUAUUUUAUAAUUGGCUUCUAGAUAUUUUUCAGUUUUGUGUAUAUAUAUAUAUACACACACACACACAUGUGAGGAGCCCCAGCAGCUUCUGAGCUGGGGACUCCUUAGGACACCUUUCCUAAUUGCUCUCUUCAUUUUUUCUAAGGAUUUUUUUAUAUAUAUAUGUAAAACUCUUUCAUAAUUGAGAUUUUAUUGGUUGAGGAGCAGAGUACACAGACAUUCCAAUUCUUAGCACAUGUACCCAAACUCUGAAGAGUCACAUUGUAUUCACGUACACAAAUGAAGAGCUACCUAUUGCUUCUCUUUGAAUUUAAUCCAGUGAUGUUCCAGCCUCAAACUUAACACGUGUCCUUAAGAUCUCACAUAACAGCCAAAUGCUCAUAAUCCCCAGUUCCACAGACUCACAAUUUUAUGACAAAUACAGAACACACUAAGAAUAUCCAUUUUCCGCAGUACAUUAUCACAACUAUUAGGAAAAUGGACCAGAGAUGUUACAGUCAGUUCUGACCAAGGAAUAGUUUUCUUAGGAAAUAGUUCUUCUAGAAACAGGAGACUAGAUAUAACUGAAUAUAUUCCAGACUCGAAUGCACAACUGAGAUUCCAAAUUGCCAUUUAGUAUGCUUUGUACUGUAGGAUAUAAAACUAGCCCCUCUACAGAAUGUUAUGGUGACCCCCGAGACAGUCACAGCCUCUCCUGAUUCAGUAUCCUAUUUUCUGGUUGUACCAAAAAAUAAACAACCAACAAAUGAUUUAACCUCUUAAAAACAUCUACACUUAAAAAAUGGGAUGAGGUAUGAUUCUCUCACCUUGUAAAAAUGUUUCUAGAGCUACUAAAAACUCACAUUUACAAAAUAGUUGAUAAAAAUAUUCCUCUGGAUUGUAUGAGAAGGGAGGCAGGGACACUGACAGACGUGACAGAUGCUUAGUCGGACUUGGCUUCUUUCUCUGCCUCGGAGGCUGGACUCUAGUCUUCUGUCUCUCCAUCUUCUGCAGGCAGAUCUGAAGUUUGCUGGUCAGCCACGUCAGCCUGUUUGCCCUCCGCUUCCCUCUUCCCUUUCGUUUGCACUCUUUGGUCUGAGUGGCCUUUUCGCCUUGGCAGGGGCAGACUUGGCUCACCUCCUUGGGGAGUGGCGCUUGGGCUCCACCUUCACAUCUCCUUGGCACUACCUUCUUCCUCUGGGGCAUUGUUGCAGCACGGGGUAGGAAACAUGUGCAGUGCAGGAUUUGACGGAGCAACACUCUGCAGUCUAUAUUUUUAACACUUUAAUAAUUUAAUAUUUAAUUUUUAUGUUUUUGAUGCUAUUAUAUAUGGGAUUAUUUCCUACAUUUGAAUUUUCAAGUUGUUUUCUGCUUUUAUAUAGAAAUAUAAUCCAUGGUUAUAGGCUGACCAUACACUUUAUUUAUUCUGUUUUGUGUGUGUAUACCAUGUGCCUCUAUCAAUCAUCUUAGAUCAAAGACUUUCUAAAACAAUCCCAAUCGUUCUGUAAGUUUUUUUAAGAUUUAUUUUUAUUUUUGAUUUUCUCGACCUUUGUUUAUUAUGAAUGAGAUGUCAGUGCUUUAACAAAGAGGAAGUGGUCAUAAAGGUGAAGCUCCCCCCCACCCCGCGUGGAUAUUCUUGGCCACAGUGAGGACUGUAAAAAGCACAAACCCGAGCUCUGGGAAACUGUUUGGGGAAGCCACUGAGAGCAGCUUGGAACCCUGGUCGCUUUGGAGCUCCACCCAAGGUGGAGUUGCCCGUAGACUCCCCCGCUGCCUGUUGUUCCCAGGCUCAGAAUGUCAGGGUCACUGCAGCCUCUUCAGGCAGCCUGGCUUGUGUACCAUACUGGUCGUCCUCCUGGCUGGUGGGAGCUUCACACCAGGAGAGGAUGGGGUCUGGCCUUGUCACCGGUUGCAUAGACAGAACCACACCUCCUUUCUGCUAUGUCCCCUUCAUCCUUUUCUUAGACCCUUUGUCCUGUGACUAACUCUUCUCCUUCUGUGCUCUAUUGUUCUCCUGUGACUCCCAUGUGUAGCUGACAGCUUCUCUCGCUUCU